AUGUCCUUUUUUUGCGGUCGUGCUGCUGCUCACACGGUAGUUGAGCACUUCCUUGAGACCGCUGCUGAGGCUGGUGAUGCAUCAACUGGCCGUGCUGAGGUUGGUGAUGCAUCAACUGGCCGUGCUGAGGCUGGUGAUGCAUCACCUGGCCGUGCUGAGACUGGUGAUGCAUCAACUAGCCGUGCUGAGGCUGGUGAUGCAUCAACUGGCCGUGCUGAGGCUGGUGAUGCAUCAACUGGCCGUGCUGAGGCUGGUGAUGCAUCACCUGGCCGUGCUGAGGUUGGUGAUGCAUCAACUGGCCGUGCUGAGGCUGGUGAUGCAUCAACUGGCCGUGCUGAGGCUGGUGAUGCAUCAACUGGCCGUGCUGAGGCUGGUGAUGCAUCAACUGGCCGUGCUGAGGCUGGUGAUGCAUCAACUGGCCGUGCUGAGGCUGGUGAUGCAUCAACUGGCCGUGCUGAGGUUGGUGAUGCAUCAACUGGCCGUGCUGAGGUUGGUGAUGCAUCAACUGGCCGUGCUGAGGCUGGUGAUGCAUCAACUGACCGUGCUGAGGUUGGUGAUGCAUCAACUGGCCGUGCUGAGGUUGGUGAUGCAUCAACUGGCCGUGCUGAGGUUGGUGAUGCAUCAACUGGCCGUGCUGAGGCUGGUGAUGCAUCAACUGGCCGUGCUGAGGUUGGUGAUGCAUCAACUGACCGUGCUGAGGCUGGUGAUGCAUCAACUGGCCGUGUUGAGGUUGGUGAUGCAUCAACUGGCCGUGCUGAGGCUGGUGAUGCAUCAACUGGCCGUGCUGAGGCUGGUGAUGCAUCAACUGGCCGUGCUGAGGCUGGUGAUGCAUCAACUGACCGUGCUGAGGUUGGUGAUGCAUCAACUGGCCGUGCUGAGGCUGGUGAUGCAUCAACUGGCCGUGCUGAGGUUGGUGAUGCAUCAACUGGCCGUGCUGAGGUUGGUGAUGCAUCAACUGGCCGUGCUGAGGCUGGUGAUGCAUCAACUGACCGUGCUGAGGUUGGUGAUGCAUCAACUGGCCGUGCUGAGGUUGGUGAUGCAUCAACUGGCCGUGCUGAGGUUGGUGAUGCAUCAACUGGCCGUGCUGAGGCUGGUGAUGCAUCAACUGGCCGUGCUGAGGUUGGUGAUGCAUCAACUGACCGUGCUGAGGUUGGUGAUGCAUCAACUGGCCGUGCUGAGGCUAGUGAUGCAUCAACUGGCCGUGCUGAGGUUGGUGAUGCAUCAACUGGCCGUGCUGAGGUUGGUGAUGCAUCAACUGGCCGUGCUGAGGCUGGUGAUGCAUCAACUGGCCGUGCUGAGGCUAGUGAUGCAUCAACUGGCCGUGCUGAGGCUGGUGAUGCAUCAACUGGCCGUGCUGAGGCUGGUGAUGCAUCAACUGGCCGUGCUGAGGCUGGUGAUGCAUCAACUGGCCGUGCUGAGGUUGGUGAUGCAUCAACUGGCCGUGCUGAGGCUGGUGAUGCAUCAACUGACCGUGCUGAGGCUGGUGAUGCAUCAACUGGCCGUGUUGAGGUUGGUGAUGCAUCAACUGGCCGUGCUGAGGUUGGUGAUGCAUCAACUGGCCGUGCUGAGGCUGGUGAUGCAUCAACUGGCCGUGCUGAGGCUGGUGAUGCAUCAACUGACCGUGCUGAGGCUGGUGAUGCAUCAACUGGCCGUGUUGAGGUUGGUGAUGCAUCAACUGGCCGUGCUGAGGCUGGUGAUGCAUCAACUGGCCGUGCUGAGGCUGGUGAUGUAUCAACUGGCCGUGCUGAGGCUGGUGAUGCAUCAACUGACCGUGCUGAGGUUGGUGAUGCAUCAACUGGCCGUGCUGAGGCUGGUGAUGCAUCACCUGACCGUGCUGAGGUUGGUGAUGCAUCAACUGGCCGUGCUGAGGCUGGUGAUGCAUCACCUGACCGUGCUGAGGUUGGUGAUGCAUCAACUGGCCGUGCUGAGGCUGGUGAUGCAUCACCUGACCGUGCUGAGGUUGGUGAUGCAUCAACUGGCCGUGCUGAGGUUGGUGAUGCAUCAACUGGCCGUGUUACUGAUAAUGUGGUUGUGUUGGUGGAGGCCGGGGAUGCUGGUGAGGCCGCUCACGUCCACUCCCACCAGCAGCUGUCUCGCUGA